AUGACCCCCAUCCUCAUGGCUGUGCUCUGUCUUGGACUGAGUGUGGGCCUCAGGACCCCAGUGCAGGCAGGGAUUCAACCCAAGCCGACCCUCUGGUCUGAGCCAGGCCCUGUGAUCCCCCGGGGGAACCCUGUGACCAUCUGGUGUCAGGGGACCCCAGGAGCUGAGGAGUACCUUCUGGAUAAAGAGGGAAGCCCACAACGAAGGAAAACACAGAAGCCACAGAAGCCUGUGGGCAAGGCCAAGUUCUCCGUCACACACAUGACACAGCAUGAUGCAGGGAGAUAUUACUGUUACUAUCAUAGUCCCACUGGCUGGUCAAAGCCCAGUGACCCCCUGGAGCUGGUGGUGACAGGAGCCUACAGCAAACCCAGCCUCUCAGCCCUGCCCAGCCCAUUCGUGCCCUCAGGAAAGAACGUGACCCUCCAGUGUGGCUCAGGGCAGGGAUAUCACAGGUUCCUUUUGACUAAGGAAGGAGAUCACAGGCUCUCCUGGACCUGGGACUCACAGCGACAGCCCAGUGGGCAUUCCCAGGCCAUGUUCCCUGUGGGCCCUAUGACACCUAGCCACAGGUGGAUGUUUAGAUGCUAUGGCUGCUACAGGAACAGACCCCAGGUGUGCUCACACCCCAGUGAUGUCCUGGAGCUGCUGGUCUCAGGUGAGUCUGGGAAGCCCUCCCUUGUGAGCCAGCAGGGCCCCAUCGUGGCCUCUGGACAGAGCCUGACCCUCCAGUGUCGCUCUGAUGUCGGCUAUGACAGAUUCGCUCUGCACAAGGAGGGGGGACGGGACCUCCCCCAGAGCCUUGUCCUGCAGCCCCGGGCUGGGCUCUCUCAGGCCCACUUCUCCCUGGAUACUACCAAUGGCUCCCACGGGGGCCGGUACAGAUGCUACGGUGGAUACAACCUCUCCUCUGAGUGGUCAGCCCCCAGUGACCCCCUGGACAUCCUUGUGGCAGGAAGCCUGCCUGAGAGACCCUCCCUCUUGGUGCAGCCAGGCCCCAGGGUGGCUUCAGGAGUGAAUGUGACCCUGCUGUGUCAGUCAAGGCACCAAAGGGACACGUUCCUUCUGUCCAAGGAGGGGGCAGCCGAACCUCUCCUGCGUCUGAGAUCAGAGCACCGAGCUGGGCAGUUCCAGGCGAAUUUCUCCAUGAAUUCUGUGACCUCAGCCCACAGGGGCAAAUACAGGUGCUACAGCUCAGACACCACUUCCCCCUUCCUGCUGUCAAUCCCCAGUGAGUCCCUGGAGCUCCUGGUCCCAGACUACACAGUGGAGAAUCUCAUCCGGAUGGGCGUGGCUGGCUUGGUCCUUGUGGUCCUCGGGGUGCUGCUAUUUCUGGCUCGAAAUGACACCAAAAUGGCCCUCCAAGCAGCCAGGAUGUGA